AUGGUCAUUAUCACUAUGCGGUUCACCAGAACCAUCAUCGCGGCUCUUCCGCUGGCCAUCGCAAUCAUAGCCGGCCCGAACGCCUACAGUAUAUGCCAAGCUGGGUGUUCCGCUGUGCUCGCAGCCUGUUACAGUGCGGCCGGAGCCAGGGUUGGUACGGUUUACGGAUCCGCAGUCCCAGUCCCCAUCGCCGACUGCAAUGCAGCUUUCAUGGCUUGCAACGCCAUGUGCGCGGUGAUCACAUUGUCGCAGACAGCCUGA